UAUCCGCCUAGGGGCUCUCCAAGCGCCAGUGCACGAGCCCGUUCGCUGCACGAGGUGUCGACGGCGCGCACGCUGGCUUUGCGGAAUGUUCUGGGCAGCUUCCCGUGAAUCCUUCGAAACGGUUUAUCCUGCUGGUGUGCUUUAUGACCCCAUUCAUUUUUCUAUUUUAUUUAGACUGAAAUAACUCUAGGCAUUUCCUCCAGCUCACGAUGCAGACGCUCACCCCGCACGUUUACUGGGCUCAGCGGCACGGCGAAAUUUACCUGCGCGUGGAGCUGAGCGACGCUCAGGACCUCGAUAUCAGCGUGCAUGAGAACACCCUUCACUUCAGAGCCCAGGGUCAUGGAGCGAAGGGAGACAAUGAGUAUGAGUUCAGUUUGGAGUUUCUGGAAUCAGUGGAGCCCCAGGUGACUCACAGGUCCACUCAGCGUCAGGUGAACAUCACAGUCAGGAAGCAGGAGCACUCGUGGUGGGACCGGCUAACGUUGCAGGAACGCAAGCCCGUCUUCUUGGCCCCUGACUUUGACCGCUGGAUGGAGGAGUCCGACGCGGAGAUGGAGCUCCGUGCCAAGGAGGAGAAAAUCAGCAAAAUCUCUGUGGAGUCUCGGUCACCCAAGGAUCCCUACCUGGGCCUGAAAAGAGGCUACCUCUUCAUGUACAACCUGGUGCAGUUCCUGGGCUUCUCUUGGAUCUUCGUCAACAUGACCGUGCGCCUCUUUAUCCUGGGACAGGAUUCCCUCUAUGACACCUUCCACACCAUUGCUGAUAUGAUGUACUUCUGCCAGAUCCUGGCUGUGGUAGAGGUCGUCAAUCCUGCCCUGGGUAUCGUCAGAACGGGACUCAUGCCACCGCUUAUCCAGCUGGUGGGAAGGAACGUCAUCCUGUUCGUCAUCUUUGGGAGCCUGGAGGACAUGCAGAACAAAGCGGUGGUCUUCUUCGUCUUCUACCUGUGGAGUAUAAUCGAGAUCUUCAGGUACCCGUACUACAUGCUGGCCUGCAUCAGCACCGAGUGGACCAUGCUCACCUGGCUCCGCUACUCUCUCUGGAUCCCUCUGUACCCUAUGGGGGUGCUGGCAGAAGCGGUGGCCGUCAUCCAGUCGCUGCCCAUCUUCGACGAGACCCGCCUCUUCAGCAUCCCGCUUCCCGAAAGCUUGGGCAGCUCCCUGAGCUUCUCCUACUCGCUGCAGAUCUACCUCGUGCUCAUGUUCCUGGGUCUCUUCAUCAACUUCCGGCACCUAUUCAGGCAGCGAAAGCGCCGUUUACGCCCCAAGAGGAGGAAGCUGCACUGAAGCUGCUGGUCUCUAAAUGACUGGGACAGCUCCUCCAUUCUCUUGCUGCCUGUCUUCCUGCUGCCCACCCCAGCUUCGGCACUGUCCCCACCCAUCCCUUCCUGUCCCCAACGGGCGUCCCUCAGCAAGGUGGCACUCUGGCCCACACUGCUCAUCCCUGCUUAGUGCGUUGGGUUUGUAUAGACCUCUUUGCAUGGAUAAUCUGGCCUGAGUAUUCAACUGUUCAAGUCACAGAACCACAUGCAUUGUUUCCGUUCCUGAAGAGGGCGCUGUAAAACCCCGCAGGUGUAUCCUAUUCGCUCUACUGCUCCAAGAUAGCUGUCCGAGCCCCGUGUGGUAGGAGGCUGCAGAGCCUCUGCCUCCUGAUACUCUUAGCUUUCGUGUUGCAAGGCCCCGCCCAUCUCCUGCAGGAUGCAGUGUGCAUUCGCUAACCGUUUCCACGUCCACUCAAGCUUGUCUGCAAUUCCAUAGACGCAGUCGCCGUAAAUAACUGUAAAAUGAGACAUUGACACUGCUGGUUUCCCUGGACAGACUGAACGUCAUUUUGGCAUUAAGAGGAAGCAGUCUGAAUGCUGUCUGGAGCUGGAAUAGUGAUGAUGCACCAUUGCUGGACUUCUUAUAUUACUCAGCAGCAUUAGCACACGCUCUGCUCCCCGGCCUGUUCACACACCUCCUCCCUGCUCCCCGGCCUGUUCACACACCUCCUCCCUGCUCCCCGGCCUGUUCACACACCUCCUCCCUGCUCUUAUACACUUUUCCCAUCCUCUUUAUAUUAUCUAAUAUUUAUAUCUGAUAUUAUUGAUCAGUCAGAGGGUAGGUGUCUCUGUCGCAUAUUGAAUCAGAAUGCCGGCUCGGUUAAAUGGUGCGACUCGCCUGACUCUGCUGGACUCCCAGAAUGCAGUGGGUCGUGUCUCCCUGCUUAUCACUCUGACCUCACAGUGUGAAUCUCACAGCAUGUGUUUCUAUAGCAGUAUUAACACCACAUGUUCCUAUCUGCCACCGCGCACACCAAAUGGAGGACACCACAGAAAUGUGACACGUUCUGUUUUUUCUGGACCAGAGUGUGAGGGGUUGGUGUUAAUUUUUUUUUCUCAAAGCACAGGAUUAUGGGUCGUGGGGGGUUAGAUGCGGGGUGAUGAGUCCCACCAUUGCAGGCAUCUCCAAGCUGCUGCCUUCCACCAUGUCCUGCCAGUGCAGGACACCUGCAGGGUGAGGGACACUGAGGGACAGUGCGCUUCUAAACCAGGCAACAAGAUGGAGGCUCGUCUCAUCAGUGAAUAGACCAGUUUAUGAAAGAUGGUACUAGUAAAUGUCAUUCUUAAAAUAAAGGUUGGGGGAAAAAUGUGA